AUGGACAAGUAUAUUGAUAAUCGUUUCGAGAGGCUGGAGAAAGCGCUCUCGAAUCUGAUCGACUCUGUCACGAAAUAUCAUCCUUCCAUCGCACAAGCGCAGGAGCUCAAGGCCGCCGACGAUGACUUGACCAGCGGACUCGAGGAAGUUCAAAUACAUCAAAACAACCACCUUCGCAUCCUGCAGCUGCGGCAAUCGUCGGCCGCUCUCGACUCUCAAAUCCGCGAAACGUUGACGUCCCUUGCCGCGACGCGCAAGGACAUCGUCACCACGCACACGACCGACUAUCCGGCGCUGCCGAACUAUGCCAUCAGAUACGAAGAACUCCUCAGCUAUGCCCGCCGCAUCAGCAAGACCACCUUGCCUCCCGCCGCCACCAUCAGCGCCGCCGCCGACGUCGCCGCCGCAACGGGCGCGUCUCCCACCCCAGACGCGCAGACGCCCGCCCCGGACUCCCAACCGCAAUCUGCCGUGACACCCUCCGCAGGCACGCCCUCGCGGCUGCAGAGCCCCGUAACGAACGGCCCAUCGCAGCCGCAGACGCAGCAGACCAUGACGUCGACGAACACGACCCUCCCAGAGGGCAUGAGCCAGUACCUCAACCCCCUCUCCGGCCAGCUAUUUUUCCCCUGGCCCCUCGAGGAAAAGAUCCGCUCCGGCGCGCUGGCAUCGAACCAGAUCUUGGCGGAGCAGGGCAUCGACCCCAAAGGCUACGAUCCCGUCACGGAAGAGGAGCGGAAGCGCAGCGAGGAAGAGGAGCGCAAGGCAAAGGAGGAGCAGGAGAACAGGGAACGGGAAGUGCGCGAGAAGCAGAUGCGCGAGGAGAGAGAAAAGCUUCGACUGGAGCGGGAACGGCAGAGGGAGAGGGAGCAGGAAGCGUGGCGACGAGCCAGCGUCAUCGGCCAGGCACGGUCCGACGGCACGAGCCUGGCACGGCCCAAGGCUGGCGCGGGGGAGAAGAAGCAGUUUCAGUUCACGAACUUGGACGACCUAGAUGAUGACGAUGACGACGAGGAAAAUUAG